UGAAAAAGGGUUUUAUGAUUUCCAUGUUUAUCAUCUGAAAACAUAAAAAAAAAAUGGGUCUCAACAAGCUUUUAAAUCUACACACAAUCCCAUGGUGUUUCCACUUGUUGAGCAACCACAUGUCCUGCAUCCCCCAGCGGCGGCCGGACCCUCCGCUUUCUACCGUCAAGAUCAUCAAAUCCGAUGGGGUCGUCAAGAUCUACGAUCGUCCCGUCAAUGUUUCCGACCUCGUGAACGAGUUUCCCAAACACAUGGUGUGCCGUUCCGAUUCGUUCUAUAUCGGCCAGAUGAUCCCUCCUCUCUCCGUCCACGAGCAACUCCUGCUCGGCCACGUCUAUUUCCUCCUCCCCGAACGGUUUUUCCAGUCGGUCUUGACGUUCGUCACCGUUGCCUCCUUCGCCAGCGACGCUCAGUCGAGGAAUGCGGUGUUGAAGAAAGCCGCCGCUUGCCGACCUUUCAUUAUCCAGAAGAGUUCGUCGGGGUGUUUAAGUAUACGCGUGUCCGAUGAGUUUAUACGGACGUUGGUGGAAGAAGGGAGACUGAAAGAGGAAACGGAAGAAGAGAACGGCGGGAGUAAUAGUAAUAAUAAUAAUAGACUAUGCAGCACACCGCAGUUGCAGAAACAGUACACGCAGCUCGUGGGAUCGACGCGCCACUGGAAACCGAAGCUGGAGACGAUAAAGGAAACGGAGAAGAAAAAGAAGAGUAAGAUGCCGUCGUCUUUCGGGAUGAAAGUUAGGAAGAAGAAAUCACAGAAUUCGCAGUUCAAGAACAGCAACGUAAAGGGUUCAUCUCAUAGAUCUGGUGUAAUUAGUAGUGCCAACAUUCCUCAAUCUAAACCAAAGAUUAGGAUCAUUAAACCUUCAAGAUAAUGAUG